UCUAAAAUGAAUUUUUUUUGUUUGUUUGUGAUCUUACAGGGCAUUUGAUACUCUUGCAAAAGCAUUAAAUCCAGGAGAGAGCUCAGCAUGCCAGAACUCUGAAAGUGUUGAUGCCAGUGCACAGGUGCUUGGUGGAGAAACAAACAUGAACAUCGUUGAAAUAGAGGGGCCACUACUCAGUGAUGCUCAUGUAGCAUUCAGGCUCACCAUGCCUUCUCCUAUGCCUGAUUAUCUUAAUGUUCACUAUAUUUGCGAGUCUGCCUCCAGAUUGCUUUUCUUGUCCAUGCACUGGGCACGUUCCAUUCCAUCUUUCCAAGCUUUGGGACAGGAUAACAGCAUAUCAUUAGUAAAAGCCUGCUGGAAUGAACUUUUUACGCUUGGUCUAGCACAAUGCUCACAAGUUAUGAAUGUGGCAACGAUCUUAGCUGCUUUUGUUAAUCACCUUCAAGGCAGUUUACAACAAGAUAAGCUGCCAACAGACAGAGGAAGACUAGUAAUGGAACAUGUCUUCAAAUUGCAAGAGUUUUGUAACAGCAUGGUUAAGCUGUGUCUAGAUGGAUAUGAAUAUGCAUAUUUGAAAGCAAUUGUCCUCUUUAGUCCUGAUCACCCAGGUCUAGAAAAUGUGGUACAGAUUGAGAAAUUUCAAGAAAAAGCUUACAUGGAGUUCCAAGACUACGUAACAAAGGCGUAUCCAGAUGAUACUUACAGACUGUCUAGACUUCUUCUCCGAUUGCCUGCUCUUAGGCUGAUGAGUGCUGCCAUCACUGAAGAGCUGUUCUUCGCAGGACUAAUUGGAAAUGUUCAGAUUGACAGCAUCAUCCCAUACAUUCUGCGAAUGGAGACAGCAGACUACAACUCUCAGAUCAUAGGUCAUGGCAUGUAAAAGUAGCAGUCCAGGAUUCUGUACCAUGGCAAUCAUGGUAAUGUAAAUGCAUACCCUGUCUCCAAGAGAUGGUCAUAAGACUUCCAACGCACCUUUCCAAAGAAGGCUCAUAUUCCUCCUUUCCAGUACACUUGGGAAACAUGGUGGAGUGUAGUAGGAUAUAGGAUCACUUGCUGUUCUUCGUCUGUCUUCAAGAACUUGUAAAUUAUCUUGAUAUCUGAAGAAAGUCAAGAAUUGUCCAUCCUAUUUUUGUAGGUAGACGGACUUGGAAUAUUUGUUUAUGAAGCUCAGGCUUACGAGGAAAUUGAAGAUGCUUUGACUGAACUAAGGUAUCUCAAUUUAGUUUGAUGUUUUAGACAAAUAAAUUAACUUUCCUCUCUGA